AAUUCAUCUGAGGGUGUGGCCUGAGUUUGCAAACAAGGCGAGGCUUGCGCACACACUCAAAUUCGCACACAAACUCGACGGCGUUGCGCGGCGCAGUUGGCACUCGUCUGUCUGCUUCACCACAGAAGAUGGAUCUCUCCGACGCUCUUGACGAUGGCUCCCCCUCCGGGGCCGGCACCCAAUCGUCAGGAAGCAUGGCUUGGCCGCAACAGCCCAACCGGCCUGGUGGGCCCGCCAACCCCACCUGGGGUGGAGGUCCGUGGCCUCAAAAUCAGCCCGCAGCUGGAGUCGCGGGUCAGUGGCCCGGAGGGCAGCCCGCUCCCGCCGGCGGAGGGGCAGGUUGGUGGCCCGGACAGCAGCCCGCAGCCGGCGGAGGGGCGGCUGGAGUCGCGGGUCAGUGGCCCGGAGGGCAGCCCGCUCCCGCCGGCGGAGGGGCAGGUUGGUGGCCCGGACAGCAGCCCCCAGCCGACGGAGGGGCAGGUCAGUGGCCCGGAGGGCAGCCCCCGGCCGCAGGCGGAGGUCAGUGGCCAUCCCCGUCAAAAGGGAGCGGGGACUGGCCCGCUCCAUCUCCCGGAACGGCAGCGAACACUUCUCUGACGGUCCCGUACAACCAAAAGAUUCCCAACGGACUGAGAAGCGGAAGCGUCAUUCACAUCAAAGGAAGCAUCAAACCCAAAGCUGACAAGGUGACGGUGGACCUUUCCACCGACUGCGAUCUGGCGUUCCACUUCAACCCUCGAUUCAACGAGAGCGGCAGGAAGGUGAUCGUGAGGAACAGCAAAAUCGGCGGCAGGUGGGGCAGCGAGGAGAGGGACCUGUCGCGCUUCCCCUUUACGCCCGGCGAGCCCUUCGAGUUGAAGAUCGAGUGCACGUCGAGCGCGUUUGUGGUGUCCGUUCAAGGCUCUCACCUGUUGCACUUCAAGCACCGCGGUGGAAACCCCGGUCAGAUCCGAAGUCUGGACAUCUACAACGACCUGUCCCUUUCGCACGUCAGCAUCCAGUGACCUCUGACCUCUCACCCGCUGACCUCUGAACGCAGGCCGUCAACACCUAGCGGAGUUUGAAAAAUAAAGUCGGCUCGAAGCCCAUGA